UGGUACCUACCGACUGGAGAGGGGCCUGCGGCGGCGGGGACCGAGACUGGGGCAAGGCCAUGUCAGACCUGGGCUCGGAGGAGUUGGAGGAGGAGGGAGAGAAUGAUAUUGGGGAAUAUGAAGGGAGUCGGAAUGAGGCAGGUGAGCGGCAUGGCCAUGGGAAAGCGAGACUGCCCAACGGGGACACGUAUGAAGGGAACUAUGAGCACGGUAAAAGGCACGGCCAGGGGAUCUACAAAUUUAAAAAUGGUGCUCGCUACAUCGGAGAAUAUGCCAAAAAUAAAAAGCAUGGUCAUGGCACAUUUAUAUAUCCAGAUGGAUCAAGAUAUGAAGGGGAGUGGGCAGAUGACCAGAGGCACGGCCACGGCGUGUACUACUACGUCAAUAACGACACCUACACUGGAGAGUGGUUCGCUCAUCAAAGGCACGGGCAAGGCACCUAUUUCUACGCGGAGACGGGCAGUAAGUAUGUCGGCACCUGGGUAAACGGACAGCAGGAGGGUGCGGCUGAGCUCAUUCACCUGAACCACAGGUACCAGGGCAAGUUCUUGAACAAAAAUCCCGCUGGCCCUGGAAAGUAUGUGUUUGAUGUUGGCUGUGAGCAGCAUGGGGAAUAUCGCUUAACAGAUAUGGUAAGUGGCAGAGUCUGUAUCGUUUCCCACACUCGGAGAAGCCGGGCCUGCUCUCAGCAGGAGGGAGGGUGCCUCGGGGGAGGGAGCGCCGCCCCUAUUCCUGUUUCUUUUGCUUCAGGCGCCGGAGAGCCUGCCGAGGAGGCCCAGGCUCUGACGGACAUUUCAGAGGAAGAGACCGAUUCAUUGAGGCCCGGAGAGGAAGACGGAGACGCUGCCACAGAGGAGGGCCAUGAGGACGGCGGGGAGGAGUUCCGAUAUGACAACCUAGACCAGGGAAAUGCUAGCUUUGAAGAAGAAGAAACUAGACAAUUAGAUCCACCAGAAUGAGGGUGCAGCCCAACGCUUAGGAGAUUGUAUUGUGAAAAUGCUCCGUUAUGCGGACGUUACUUAAUUCAUUCACAGUGAUCAGUUAUUCAUCUUUUUUUACUUAGUUGUUUGUUAAAAUGGUUUACAAUUGCAAAUAGAUUUCCUCCU